AUGGAAGGCGCUGCAGAAAUGCCACAAUUGCCACUGCGCAUAGAAGACACAGCACUCCGCCACAGAAUACGCGAGUAUGCACGACAGCAGCGCAGGGAUUUGCGCACAAACACAAUGGAUGCACUGCGUUUUCACUUGGGCCAAAUCAAGGAUGAAAUUCUCACGCCUUUCUCAAUCAAUGAAAAUAUCACUGUAUUUGCGGGAGUUCAAGGCGCCACUCAGGUGAUUGUCAAGGAGCUAACAGGUGCCCAGGUGCAGCGUCAAGUUGAAGCCGCCGAAUGCCUGUGCAAUCUUUCGCUGGGAGAAGCAUAUGUCUGUGAGAAGAUUACAAAUUUGGCGGGCAGCUAUUUGGUCACCUAUUUGAACAGUCAGGAGCCGCGCCUGAAGCGCAGCUGUCUCUGGACAUUGGCUAACAUACUGGCCAGCUGCAGAAAGUCCGCCAAAAUGCUGCUUCAAAUGCAGCUGGCCACUAAGCUGUGGAAACUGUACACAGCACCGAUAACAGAUGUCCAGGAUUAUCAAGAGGAUGCGGGCAUCUGUCUGUAUCUAAUAGGAAUGCAUGCAGCAGCUGAAGUCACCGUCGAGGAUCGUCGCUAUAUAGCUGAGCAUCUGCAGGAGAAGCUGCCAACGGAUCCGGGUGCAGAUUACUAUAUGUACAUCGUAUUUCAGCUGGAUAUUGUUGGCUUGAAACAGGACUUUUGUGCUCCACACCAUCAGCAUUUGAUGCACUUUUUUUAUGAACAAUGUGGAGUUGGAUUAUAA